AACUGCAUUUAUCCGCCCUUAGGUACUCUUCAAAGGAGAUAAGAAUAGACGCGCAAAACGCACACCUGCACUUCCGGGUAGUAUAUUGCUGAAUACAGAACGUUCUAAAUUAUUAUCGAUAAAUCGACAAAAGCAGACAUGCCUUCACACCAACGAUACUGUUGUAUAUGUAAAAACUACGGCGGAAAGGUAGUUGAUGGAAAGAAAGUGUCAAUGCAUCGAUUUCCAGCUGAUUUGCGUGUAAGAAAGGUGUGGAUUCAACGUUGCAAGAACACUCGACCUAAUUUUGUGUUUGUAAAUAGUGAUCAAACCAGGAUGUGUGCUGUGCACUUUAUCGGACGUUGUGGGCCAACAAAAGGAAAUCCUCUUCCUUGUUUCUUCCCAAAGGCAGAAGGUGGUGAAAAAGUGUACAAGCUCUCGACAAUGGAGAGUGUUGCAGACAUAGACUUAGUGACAAGCACUGAAGAAAAUAACGACACUUCCGAGAUGGAGCUGACAACUGACAACCGGUCACCAGAUAUGAGCUUUGAGAAUGACGCUGAUAGAAUACCAGUUGUAACGUUUUUAUUAUUGGCCAUAUGGAAAUAA